AUGGCGGCUCCGGCGGCUCAAGAAUUUUGGAACGGCGAUGCCUUACCAAUCUAUGGCGACUGGGACAACGAUCAGGUUGUCAACAAUCUUCGAUACGGAAGCAUGUUCAACAGCGCCGCAAUUGCGAGCACAAUCGUCUCUGGAUCCAACGUGCCGGGCCCAUGGCAUGGGAUAGAGUGUUUGGGAAGUGGUGGAUCAGGUCAGGCUGUACUUUACGCACGCUUUGAUGCUGCAAAUGCGAUAAGAGAGCGAUUGGUUGUGAAGAAAGUACAAUGCGCAGCUUCGGACUGGUAUACACCAAUGAAAUGGCCCGGGCCAACUGAUGGGAAUGACGACCGGAAUUACAACGCUGGGAUGAAUCAUUCUCAAAGUAUGGAAACGCUGAUACACCGAAAACUAUCUCGACGGCGCUGCAACGCCUUAUUGGAGUAUAUUGGUCACAGCCCAGUGGAGCAAAAGCAUUGGCGCUACAGGCUGUUCACGCAAUACGCUGACCAAGGGGCUCUCGAUGAAGUUAUAAGCUACUAUCGCCAACACGUCCGCGAAGCGCCCGAAUGGGGGAACCCUGAAGCGUUCAUAUGGUAUUGCUUCCAGAAUCUUGCCCGUGCCGCACGGGUUAUGGAGUGCGGUGAUGAGACCUUGCCCGAAGUUUCUGGCUGGAGGAGUGUCGUGCACCGCGGCAUCAAGCCAGGGAAUGUUUUGCUGCAGAGCCCGGCUACAUACUGGACCUGCAGCACAGUGGCGGCUAAACUCUCCGACAUGGACCUCGCUGUGGAAACGUCUACAACCGAUCCGAAUAAUCCGAGAGCAUAUCAGGAUGCUGGAACACCAGGGGUUUUCGCUCCUGAGCAGAUCCGUUGGAUCAAUAGUAAUACCAGGAGUGUUCAUGACACGCCACCUAUGAAGUCCGCCACCAAUGUCUUCGCCAUUGGCCUUGUGUAUAGAGUCCUCAGUCCGGGACUGGACUUCAGUGAUGGUGAAAGUGUCCAGAUGCCUCUUCCGCCGACUGGAUUCCCAAUAGGGGGUGCUAAGUACUCGGCCACAUGGACCGAUCUCAUGAGGGAGUGCCUUCGCUACAACCCUUCGGAGCGCCCUUCGCUCAGCUACAUUCUUGACACCAUCGAGCCCAGGGGCCUGACGGCUGACGAUAUGCAUUUCAAAGGGAUGCGAACUGCUAAGCUGAGAGGGAACACACCUUGGUACGAUAUUGGGACCUCGAUACACCAUCUCAGGGGCUUCAACAACGAUGUGUACCGCAUAGGACUGGCUAGGGGCAACACUCAGCCACCUAGGGUGCCGCUGCCUUGGCGACUAAAAUCGUGCCCACAUGGGAGAAGAUGA